AUGCCUCAAUCCCCAGCUCAAGGCGUCGUCGUGAACCUGCAAGGUGUCCAAGAGACCACUCUCUUGACACUUGCAGCGAGAGCACGAGAUGCAGCUUCACCCCAGCCCCUGUUAGGUGACCAGUACUCUGCCCAAAUCUUGUCGCGCAUCGACGCCAACUACGACUGGCAACGCGCCAUGGGUAACGAAUUGAUGCAAAAGGUCAUGGUGUCGCGUGCGCGCCUCCUCGACGUCUGGGCAGCCGAGUUCCUCGAUAGUCAUCUCGAAGCAACCGUCUUGCAUCUCGCGUGCGGCCUUGACAGCCGGAGCCUCCGACUGGCCCCAAUCUGGAACACUGCAGAAAAGCGCAUCCGCUGGAUCGACGUCGAUCUUCCUGAUGUCGUUGAAAUGAGAAGGAGCCUCGAGCUACCUGUGCCAGAGGGUGAUUACGAGCUGAGGCCAGCAGAUGUUCUAUCGGACGACUGGCUUCAGUCAAUCCCAGACGACCGGCCUACUCUUAUCAUUGCAGAAGGACUUGUCAUGUAUUUGGGUCCGGAGGAUGGGCUUCGACUUUUUCAGCGAGUCACUCAACGGUUCAAGGCAGUAGGGGGACAAGUGUUGUGUGACCUGGCCGGAUCUUGGACGGUCGCUAGGCAAAAGGCAAGCCCAACGAUGCAAAUGGCCGAAAUGUAUUGGGCCGUUGAUGACCCUGAAACCAUUGCAGACGCUGUGCGCGGACACGGGUGUGGAAAGUUUCGAGUUACCGAGGUCAAGUUUGCAGAGACGAUGACGGAGAAACUUGGCUCACAGAUUCCUUUGUCGACCAGGGUCAUCCUAUGGGUGAUGUCGUGGCUUCCAUGGAGGCUUAUGGUGUAUGUCAGGUUCUCUUUUUGA